AUGGUUGCCCUACGUGGUGUGACUAUCGACGGUGACCAGAAAAAGACAAAUAUUCGCAUCAUUGAAGAUUAUACCAAGAAUAUAAUGUAUUAUAUUGACUUGGAUGGAAAUGUAUGCUCAAAACAAUCGCUACCAUUAAAAUUAAUGCAUUGUGUACCAGAUACUGCCACGUAUAUUCAGUCAUUCAUGUACGGUUAUGGUGAUAAACAAAUUCCAGGUCAUACAUGGUUUUUCAAAGCCGACAAUUAUGUUAUGUAUAUAACAGUUAGCGGUGAUGGACACUGUGUACCACUAUCAGAAACAGUAUUCAUAGGUGGACAAACACCAAUGAUCACUUCACUGACGAUAACUGAUUUUACAGAAGGCAUCAAAGAUCGAAGUGUGUUUGUUAUACCGGACAUAUGUAACAAAAUAUAACAAAAUAAAACUUUUCUGUCAUUUCAAGUUUGAUCUGUUUAUUUGAAUAAUGAUUUUGCGGAUUUAAAGGGUUUGAUAUUAACGACUUAUAAAGUGAAAGAGAAAGGUUUAGAGACACUUUGUUUGUUCUCUGUUGUUAAAGUAUUUUUGCAGUAUCACUUAGAUAAAAGAUGGCAGAUUCUCCCAAAUCUUAUAAAAUGACGUAAAUUUCGUAAAUUUCGUUACAAAAAAGCUCAAGCCUUGGAAACUUGAACUGGUACCUACUACACGCGCAGUCCUCAUGACUGCCUUUCUGUAAAUUUUCCCUCAACACAGUUGAGAAUAUAUACGUAGAACGUCAUCCAAACAAUUUCGGUGAUAAACGUUCUAACGUAUUUAGAGAAAAGACAAAUAUAUUUGUCAAAAUUCUCUAUGAAUUAUGCGAGUAAAAUAGUAAUAAUAGAAUAGCUCACAGUAAAACUACACUUAUGCAUAACAUCUGCCAAAUGCCGACUUUCCAAUACCGGCUCUUUCCGAGAAAAAUUUGGUUUUAUCUAUGCUUUUAAAUGGCACUCCUUACUUUUUUGGGUAAGAGCACCUUAAAGCGUACCCCUUGUACGUGGUUAUUUGUACUUCAUAUACUUUUUCAUAUUGGGACAGGUAGGGUACUGGACACACCAUGAAUUUUAAACUUCUCAUGUCAGACCGGUA